AAAUGAAACAUACCACCCCCUAGGGGGGAUCCUCUGAAUCUGAUGGCUCUGUGUACAGCCUUGCCUCCUGUCAUUUCUGGAUUGUUCGGGGAGUAGAGAGCGGAGUGCCAGGGUAAAAACGGGGUGUGUACAGGGGAGGAGGAACUGGCAGAGCUUCCAGAGUCAGUCAGCUCUUAAAUUAUCGAUGUGCGGCCUGUUGUAAGCCAAGGCAUUCUCCUAGGACUUCAUUACUGCGCUAAAUGUUGGCGUAGGAAUGCAGCGGAGGAGAUGACUUACUGUAUAAGGCAAAAACUAAACUAAAAUUCUAAGUGAAUGACAGUGGAAACUGGAACUACCAAGAUAAUAAAAGCAGGAGCUUAAAAUAUCCAGCGCUGUGUGAAAGUGCCUGGCACAUCUAUAAAUAAAGUGCCCAAGCGGAGCUGAGCAAAGCAGGCACCUGAGACGCGGGGGCUGCGAGCCGGUGCGGUGUGGGGGCCCGGUGCGACGUGGAGCCCGGUAUGGGGGCUGCUGCAGAGUCCGGCACGUUUAGAGGGAUGCCGAAUGGGCGUGUUCAUCCAGCACACUGGUGUUUCGGUAAGGUUAGGAUGGCCCUCUUCAGCACUGGGUGCCACUCAGAUUAGGGUAAGGUUAGGAUGGCCCUCUUCAGCACUGGGUGCCACUCAGAUUAGGGUAAGGUUAGGAUGGCCCUCUUCAGCACUGGGCGCCCCACAGAUUAGGGUAAGGUUAGGAUGGCCCUCUUCAGCACUGGGCGCCAUUCAGAUUAGGGUUAGGUUAGGAUGGCCCUCUUCAGCACUGGGUGCCACUCAGAUUAUGGUAAGGUUAGGAUGGCCCUCUUCAGCACUGGGUGCCACUCAGAUUAGGGUAAAGUUAGGAUGGCCAUCUUCAGCACUGGGCGCCAUUCAGAUUAGGGUAAGGUUAGGAUGGCCCUCUUCAGCACUGGGCGCCAUUCAGAUUAGGGUUAGGUUAGGAUGGCCCUCUUCAGCACUGGGCGCCAUUCAGAUUAGGGUUAGGUUAGGAUGGCCCUCUUCAGCACUGGGUGCCACUCAGAUUAGGGUAAAGUUAGGAUGGCCAUCUUCAGCACUGGGCGCCACUCAGAUUAGGGUUAGGUUAGGAUGGCCCUCUUCAGCACUGGGUGCCACUCAGAUUAGGGUUAGGUUAGGAUGGCCCUCUUCAGCACUGGGCGCCCCACAGAUUAGGGUAAGGUUAGGAUGGCCCUCUUCAGCACUGGGUGCCACUCAGAUUAGGAUUAGGUUAGGAUGGCCCUCUUCAGCACUGGGUGCCACUCAGAUUAGGGUAAAGUUAGGAUGGCCAUCUUCAGCACUGGGCGCCACUCAGAUUAGGGUAAAGUUAGGAUGGCCCUCUUCAGCACUGGGUGCCACUCAGAUUAGGGUAAGGUUAGGAUGGCCCUCUUCAGCACUGGGCGCCAUUCAGAUUAGGGUUAGGUUAGGAUGGCCCUCUUCAGCACUGGGCGCCCCACAGAUUAGGGUAAGGUUAGGAUGGCCCUCUUCAGCACUGGGUGCCACUCAGAUUAGGGUAAAGUUAGGAUGGUCCUCUUCAACACUGGGCGCCACUCAGAUUAGGGUAAGGUUAGGAUGGUCCUCUUCAACACUGGGCCUCAUUCAGAUUAGGGUAAGGUUAGGAUGGCCCUCUUCAGCACUGAGCACCACUCAGAUUAGGGUUAGGUUAGGAUGGCCCUCUUCAGCACGGGGUGCCACUCAGAUUAGGGUAAGGUUAGGAUGGCCCUCUUCAGCACUGAGCACCACUCAUGGCUUCAAUGACCCGUGGAACAAAAAACGCACUUGGGUUUAUAUUGGAGAUUAAUAAAAAAACUAUUGUACUGUCUGUUAGGAGAAAGGCAAACCGACGCAUUCUCACUUCUGUCCAUGACUGCAUGCUUUAAGGUUUGCUUUGCAUGGUGUGUUUUUGCAUCCCGAUCUCAAGUACAGAGGGGCUGGGGGAGCAGGUGAGAGGUGUGUGAGUGGGUGUGUGACCACAUGAGGCAGCUCUGCUGCCAUCUGUGCAGGAAGGGAGAUGAGAGCAAACU